UCCGGUAUCACAUGAACGAGCAGGAACCAAUCGGCACGGCGCUGCCGGAGAGUGCUGGCUCCUUUACACCAAGAUAGGGGAAAAGACUGAAUAAAAGGAAACCGUGCCAGUGAGCCUGUAAUGACCACAAAACCCUUACGGAGGAGCCCAGAGCCGCCGCCAUUGGAUAUUUCCUCUGUUUUCGCUUCAUUCCCAUGCGUUCCUCGCUGUGGAUUAUUCUGUUUGGCACUGGGGCGGACAUAAUGGAUAAGGCCAUGGCCCUAACAUAUUGAAUAGCUCGUUGGUGGUGGGGGGGGGGGGGUGGUAGAGGAGAGGCACGCACCGAGGAGACAAUUUAUGGGGCAUUGUGCGGGAGGAAAACUGUGGAUUAUUUGCACUGUAUCAUAAAAACCUUGCCCGGUCUAGAUAUCCUGCCAUAAAACGCUGUUUGUGGCAUUUCUGCGCCUGUCUUGGCCGCGUCUACAGCAACUCAGGUCGUGUUAUAGCGGUUGGUAGGUAGGUACCCCCCUCCAGCUCGAUCCGAACGACCUUAUCUAUUUCUAUUUUGUAUAAACGUGAAGGAUUCUUGUAUCGUUUCGACGGGUUCACCCUCCCCUCCCCGAGAGUAACAUUUGGAAACAAUAAACGGUUGGAUUACUGAACUAUGGAUUUCAACAGCGGCAACGGCGGCGGCGGCGGGGCCAACGAGCUGCACAACAACCAGUUUUAUCAGUGCGAGGAGAACAAGCCUCUGCUGGGGGAGAUGUCGGAGGGGAAUAAUAACACCAAGCUGAGCGCAGGGCCGUGUAAGAGGUCCCUGCACCACUGCAGCAGCAGCGGGAUGCGAUACAAGCUGCUGCACGAGGGGGACAUCCAGGUAUGCGUGGUCAAGCACCCCCGCACCUUCCUCAGCAAGAUCCUUACCUCCAAGUACCUGCGGAGAUGGGAGCCGCACCACCUCACGCUGACAGACAGCAGUCUGACCUCGGCCACCCCCACCGGUUACAUGGAGACGUCAUUGUCCUACAGCUCCAUAGAAGACCUGCAGCUCCUCUCGUGGGACAAUGCUCCAAAGUACUGUGUCCAGCUCAGUUUCCCCGGUGGCACUGUCCUGCUGCAGGCCGCAAACAGCUACUUGAGGGACCAGUGGUUUCACUCUUUGCAGUGGAAGAAGAAGAUCUACAAGUACCGUAAGGUCCUGAACAACCCCAGUCGCUGGGACGUGGUGCUGAAGGAGAUCAGAGCGCUUGUGGACAUGGCUCUGACCUCACCGCUGCAGGACGAGUCCAUCCACCAGGCCCCUCUACACAUCAUUUCCACCCUUCUGGCUGAGAACUCUAACUUCAGCACUCAGGAUCAUGAGAACAUCAUUGUGGCCAUUGCUCCUCUUCUGGAAAAUAACCACCCACCACCUGACCUGUGUGAGUUCUUCUGUAAGCACUGUCGGGAGCGGCCGCGGUCGAUGGUCGUGAUUGAAGUGUUCACUCCUGUGGUCCAGAGAAUCCUCAAACAUAACAUGGAUUUUGGAAAGUGCCCUCGAUUGCGUCUCUUCACUCAGGAGUACAUCCUGGCUCUCAACGAGCUCAAUGCUGGGAUGGAGGUUGUCAAGAAGUUUGUCCACAGCAUGCACGGGCCAACGGGGCAGUGCCCUCACCCACGUGUCCUGCCGAACCUGGUGGCAGUGUGUCUCGCUGCCAUUUAUUCCUGUUAUGAAGAGUUCAUCAACAGUCGAGACAACUCCCCCAGCCUGAAGGAGAUCAGAAAUGGCUGCCAGCAGCAGAACGAACGCAAACCCCCGAUGCCGCUGCGUCUGCUGCGCCCUGAGCCUCCAACACCGCCUUCUGCUACCCUCCUACACCUCUCUGCCAACCCCAGUCCUCCUCAGCCACCUCCCUCUGCCCCCUCAAACCCCGCCCCGUCUAUUCCCAUCUCCUCCCAAACACCUUCCCUGCCCCUCUCCCUUCCUCCCUCUGUCGUGAACUCCAGCGAGAUCCUGGUGGAGCUGGAGCGAAACAACAACUCGACCAACGCCAGGCGGAAGGCUGGGCCGUCGGGGGGCGACAGGGAACCCAACCUCAUCGACUGUCUGCUGGUCAGCCCGGCCGUCAACACUCUGUCCAUCCAGCUGCCAGCGCAGGCCGACCGAGUGCUGGGCUGCUUCGCUCUCAUCCUUAAGAUGCUGUCCGACUACGACGACUGGAGACCUGCUCUUGCCAGCCUGCUGCAGCCCAUCCCCUUCCCUAAAGAGGCCCUUGCACAUGCCAAAUUCACUAAGGAACUGAAAUAUGUUAUUCAGAAGUUUGCUGAGGACCCGAGGCAGGAGGUCCAUUCCUGCCUACUCAGUGUGCGCUCAGGUAAAGAUGGCUGGUUCCAGCUCUACAGUCCAGGAGGUGUGGCCUGUGAUGACGAUGGAGAGCUGUUUGCCAGUAUGGUUCAUAUCUUGAUGGGCUCCUGCUAUAAGACCAAGAAGUUCCUGCUCUCGCUGGCUGAAAACAAGCUGGGUCCCUGCAUGCUGUUGGCCCUACGUGGAAACCAGACAAUGGUGGAGAUCCUGUGUCUGAUGCUGGAGUACAACAUCAUUGAGAACAAGGACACCCAGCUGCAGAUCAUCUCCACCCUGGAGAGCACCCAGGUGGGCCUCCGCAUGUAUGAGCAGCUCUGCGACCGACAGAGAGAGCUCAAAGAACUGCAAAGGAAAGGCGGCCCUACCCGGCUGACUCUGCCCUCAAAGUCCACGGAUGCAGACCUGGCCCGUCUGUUGAGUUCAGGUUCUUUUGGGAACUUGGAGAACCUGAGCCUGGCCUUCACCAACGUCACCAGUGCCUGUGCCGAGCAGCUCAUCAAGCUGCCUUCACUCAAACAGCUCAACCUCUGGUCCACACAGUUUGGGGAUGCAGGGUUAAGGUUGCUAUCCGAGCAUCUGGCUUGUCUUCAGGUUUUGAACCUGUGUGAGACUCCCGUCACUGAUGCUGGUCUGCUGGCUCUCAGUUCCAUGAAGAGUCUUUGCAGUCUGAAUAUGAACAGCACCAAGCUCACAGCGGACACAUAUGAGGACCUCAAGGCCAAACUGCCCAACCUGAAAGACGUUGAUGUUCGGUACACAGAGGCCUGGUGAUCAACCCGGCUCACACAACUCUCAUACACAACCAGUCACACACAUAAACAUAUGCACACACUGCACACAGGCUCAGAUUCAUGACAUGAAAAUUGUGUAGUGAUGUCAUCUCCAUCGUCGCCCAUCAUUAGACCAGGAAAUCUGAAAUCAUCCCAUCGUAAGGGUCACCUGAUGUAACCAGAGGAGGAGUCUUCACCGGCUUCAUCACCAUACCCUGUAAUGACACCAUCACCAGGAAGGAACUGUCAGCAUCAGCAUCGCUUUUUUUCUAAUGAGAAAUCUUUAUGGACCUUGCCUCUCCCCUUACCUCUCUCACCAAUGUUCCAAGGACCUUGUGAUCACAGGACAAGCAAGCAGCCGUUAUAUUGUGACAUAAGAGACACCUAUCUCUGUCUUUAUCUUUUGCCCAUUUUUCAUAUAUGGUCUCUUAGUUUCCAUAUUUAGUCAAAGUCCAGCUCUCCAUCUGUUGCCAUCCCACCCCUUCGUGUCAUGAGAAAAAACCUGAGCCUCCCUCUCUUUUUCUCUCUCCUGCACUUGUGCAUUGAAGGCAGGAUACAGCAGCUAACAUUCCAGUUCUUCUCUAAUCUGAUCCACGAUGUAGCUCUCCAAACAGACGUGUUGAACUGUGGAUCACUACAGUCCUCACUCUGGCGCUCUUUGGCUUCAGUUUCAGGUUCUGAUUCUAAACCUUUCAAGUGUUUCAUUGGGAAAAUGAGGUGCUACCUCUGAGAAACGAAAGGUUGCAAGACUGUGCCUAUUCCUCUUACACGACAUGUUCACAAAAAAAAAAAAAAAAGGUUUUUAUCAACUUGAAUGAACAUAUUUUUCCAGACAUCUGUGCUUUGAUAUAUUGUGUGUUUCUAUAUAAAACAUAUAUAUGAAGAUAACCCCCAGUAAUGACAUUUCAGAAACAUUUCGGGAACUCUGCAGGAAAGUUAAACGGCGAUGGCAACAUUUGUUCCUUUUUCAUUUGUUUUCAGUGUACAUACUGAUGUUCCCAUUACUAUUUAAUAGGACAGUUGUGUAGCAGUAGUUGGGUGGUCUGGGACUGCCUAAUAUUUAUAAGUUGUGUCUUUAAAGCCUCUUUAACUCUGUCCCUCCUGAAUUAUGUCCUGACAGUAAUGAAGUACACAGGCCCUGUUGUCUUUUUUUUGCAACAUACAACAAGAAGCCAACCAAGAGGGCCCACGUAAACGGAUCUCUCUGUACCAUGCCAUGGUGGUAACGUAGACCUGUAAGGUGGACUGCAGUAAUUCUGAAGUGGACCCAAGCCAUCACCAGCUGAGAGUUGUAUAUUUUCAUAUCCCCUGGCUAUUAUUGAGACGGUUAUGAAAAGAAGAAAGGACACUUGCCAAACAAUGUCUUCAAACUUAGUUUUUGUUUUUGUCCACUUGUUUCAUCAGGCAAACAUGAGUGUGGUUUCAGUACUGAUUGGUGUAUCAAGUGCAACCUGCCUGUGGAGAGACACUGACACUGUUUGGGUUCACAUCUCCGACUCCCCUGCUGAGGUCAGGGUGAAGAGUUGCAGUGCCUAUAAAGGAGCUGUGGAGGAGUUGCCUAUUGGUAUAUUUCCAUCUGUCACACCACUUGCUUGUUGUUCUGCUGUAUUUAUAUUACUUUAUAAUACAUGGGUGACAUUUUUAGGCUGUUGGGAUGAAUAAUUCUCAUCGAAGGAUGGGACGAAAUUAUUGUACAUAUUCUUUGAAAAUGGGCUAUAAGGGACAAAAGAUUGGAAAAAGACACCUUUUGGCCAUAUCUGCCUGUCUACAUUCCCUCAAAAUGUUGCCUGUUUAUUGUGGCAGCAUUUCAUAUGAUGUAACUGCCCUGACACACUUCAAGUCUGUCAGAAUCUCUUUCUCCUCUCUGUCCAGAUGUGUUUUGGAUUGCUUUCUCUUGGCCCUAGAAAACACAAGUCCGAUUUCCACACUUUUUCCAGUCAGCCUUGCUCUGACUGCAUCCAUCCAUUUUAUUUAUUCGUGUGUCGACCUCCAGAAUGCUCGGGAUGUUUGUUGAAUCAAGGCAGAAGCUCCAGCAGAGGACAGGAUGCCGUCCACUAUGAGAUGCUUUGUUUCCUAUUUAUUGGGUGCCAUGACCGCUUUGGGUUUGGCUUGUAGACUUUGUUUAUGUACGGCCAUCUUUGGGUCUGCCUUUAGGACCUUGUGCUCUCUUUCAUAUCCUGUAUGAUAUAUAUACGAGUGUAUAUAGUUGUCUCCUCCCUUACUCUCCUUGAACCAUUUUUGAAUCCUUACCCCCGUCUUCUUCAUCCUUUUCUGUAUUUCUCUUGGCCUCGCUUCAUUGGCAGGCUGGUGUUGCCUUCAUCUUUUGCGUGUGUGUUUGUUUUUUUCACACAAAGUGCACUGUAAUCUAACAAAUUAUGUUUUCAUAAAAUCUUUUAGGUUUCCAACCUCUUUGAUUUGAUCACUUUAAUCAAACAUUUGUUUCCUUUGUUCUUGUUUAUAAUUUUGUUUUUGCAUGUACAUGUUGCUGCAUCUGGUAUUUUUAUUUUAUAUUUUUUUUAUAAAAGGUUUGAAAUACGAUAAAGGGUCUGAUCACUAUCUCACUGAGGUUAAGGACUGAAAUGGAGAGAUCCCAUCUAACUAUUUUCUGAUUGGUUGUAGCCAGGAUGUACCCAUGAGUCUUGACAGAUCCUCUUGGUCGAGGCAGUUAUGGUUUGCCUGAUAUUGAUUUUCUAAAAUGCCAUUACCAAUACUGGUGCUGUUGGACUGAAGCUGCCCAUUUAAGUUUGUCCAUUUUAAUAUUUAAAAGAAAAUGCAAAUAGUUUUUGUAUUCCCCAAGAAUUUUGUCCCAAUCCUGCCAGAUAAUCAUAUCAGCGGUGGACCACAUUGACUGACCGUUAUCAUUUUUAAAUAAAGGUGUUGCUUCCACACAUCAGCAAACUGAUAAUCCAGUGUAAUUUUACUGUAGUUUUGUUUUAAUCCUUAAUAUAUUCUAAGUCUGAAUGUUUUCAAGGAAUAGUUUGACAUUUUGGAAAAAAAACGUACUUGCUUUUUUGAUGAAAGUUAGAUGAGAAUGACAUCGAUCUUCUCAUCUAACUCAUCAUGAAAGCGAACUAUUCCUUUAAUGAAGUGGGCAGUUGGGGAAAUCCUAUCACUGAACUCAUCCCCCAGUUUUUAUGCCAUGAUGAGCUGCGACUUGUCCAAACUGUGAGCUUGUGAGGUUAUAAUGGAAGGUUUUGUAUUACUGUAGAACAUGUAAUGGUUCAAUAGAAACGCCUCUUCUGUUCUGUCAUGUCUCCGUAUUCUGUGGAGCUCACUGUGCUUUGCUUUCAGUCCCCAUUCUGAUUCCUCCCUCUUCUCCAUUAUCUCUAAUGUUUGUUAUUUUACACAAACUGUAAAGAGUUUUUACCAUGUCCAAUAUGUGUACAGCUGUGCUCGAGUCUUAACAGUUGUUAUGGAAGGAACAGGGUCAGAUGUGGCACAGACUGACAAAUCUGACAGACUGAAAAAACUGAAACUUUAUUUCUCAUAAUUUCUUGUAGUAAAAAAUUUUUUUGGCAGCUGGAAAAAGGGCGCCCAUCAUGUUUCUCUCUCUUUUUCAGUCUUUCUCUGCAUUGAUCUGCUUCUCCUGCUGGGUUAUUAUUAUUGCUGCUGCUGCUGCUGCUGCUCUGUGGCUGUUGUAAUAAGAAUACAAAAGAUCUUCAACAGGAAAAAUAACAACUAUGAUGUGAAAUUAUUUCAAUCAAAAAUAAAUUGUCUGUGAAUAUGUUUCA